AUGAACCCACACAGCCCAAGUUUAGAUACUAUAAGUAGUUGGCUUGAGAAAUCUAUUGAGUUAUCAAAGGCGACUUCUUAUAGAAAUAUAAACAGAUCGCUUGUUCAGCAUGAAGAAAAUAAAGUAAACAAAAAGCGAAAUUUGGCAGUCAUAAGAGGAUUUGAAGAUCGUAGCUUGUUUGGACAAUAUGAUCGAUACAGAGAAAUAGGAGAAAUCGCAGAAGAGUCUAUAUCGAAGCUGCAGGAUUUAGCACAUGAGGUUGAUUAUGCUACUAUUAAAGAACCUAAGCUUCAUUUCUUUAAAAAUAAGCUUGCGAAGCUUAUAUCAAAUCAUUCCAAAACGUUAGGCUUGCUAAAUGGUUUAAAGCAAUCAGAAUUAUUCUCCACUUUGAGUCGUAUGAUAGAAGAUGAAAACGAUAAGCCAAAAAGUGCAUAA